AUGCUUAUGCCAGAAAUCGAGGUCUUUCUGACCCUCAUGAAAACCAUUGACAGCAGAAUUUCAGUUGUCCGUGAAGAGACAAAGAACGAGUUGAAAACCGAUAGUCUGAGCAAAACCAUAUUCCAUAGUCUCAUUCGGAACCAAAAUCUUCCCGAAGCAGAAAAGAGCGACAAGCGGUUAGCGGACCAGGCGAGCGUUCUCCUAGGUGGUAGGACAGACACAACUGCAAGUACCCUUGCUUACACUACUUACCACCUGCUUUCAAACCCAAGGAUAUUGAAGAAACUCAGAGAUGAGUUGAUCAGCGCAAUUCCAGACCCUCAAGAUAUGCCCCCGUUAAAUAAGUUAGAAGCACUGCCCUUCUUGACAGCCAUAGUCAAAUUAGGAAUUCGUCUGCAUCCCGGCGCUAGUAUUCGCCAAGAAAGAGUUGCGCUAGAUGAGGACCUGCUGUAUGAAGAUAGGAAGACUGGGAUGAAAUGGUUGAUUCCUAAAGGAAUACCCGUGGGAGUGACUGCACCUCUACUAAGUAGGAACGAGGACAUCUACCCUUUACCUUCCGUCUUCCGACCUGAAAGAUUCCUCAACAACCUAAGGCUCGAUAGAUAUCAACUUGCCUUCUCACGUGGGUCUCCAAGAUGUCUAGGUAUGCCAUUGGCAUAUUCCGAGCUGUUUACAAUACUCGCUAGUAUCUUCAGGAAAUACGACAGUUAUGAUGGAACGGGAAAACAGACAGGUUCAACAUUCGAGCUUUUCGAGACUACCAAGGAUGAUGUGGAAAUGGUCGCAGACCAUGUGACACCUUAUUAG